CGGACCUCGAAAUUACUGGAGCGCAAUAUUCGAUAGCGAUGACCUCGAUCUCGUUCGUGAUGCAGCAGUUCGCGCGGGCGGCGCAACCCCAACACGUGUCUGGGCGUGCUCUCCGUGGUCUGUUUGCAGGUCGCGACAAGCAUUUUGGUAACAAUGUGUCUUUCUCACAACGCAAGACCCGCCGUGCCUGGAAGGUCAACGCCCACCACAAGGCGUUGUACAGCGAAGCUUUGGAUGAAAAGAUUUCGUUGCACGUGACGACGCACACCCUGCGAUGCGUUGACAAGGCUGGCGGUUUGGACAACUAUCUCAUGGGCAUUACGUCUGAGGCCGAGCUUGGCAAGAAGGGGUCGGUCGCGCGGUUCCGUAUCGCGGAGGCUCUGCGAAACGCUCGCAUCCAGGCCCAAGACGUCGUCGACACUGCGACGAAUUGAAGAACCGAACAAUAGAAUGGAGGAGAGAUGAAUAAAGCUGUCGCCAGUGAUGCGAUUAGGCACAUGUUGUUAGUGCUGAGUUCGCAGGGCUUUACGAUGACCUUGUAUCUAGGAGAGAGACCGCAAGGUAUGUGACCCGACACCAUUGCCACAACCUGCAUAUUGACGACGGACGUGGGUGCAAUUGCACCGUUUGGAAGUCACCAACUGAUGCUUUGCCUAUUGCCCGACUUGGUACG